AUGUUCACCAAAGGCAAGCCCCGAACCCCUCUGGCCAACAACCAGGCCAAGUUCAAGGGUCAACUGGCCAAUAAUGGCUCGCAACUCAGCUUUUCAACGGCCGCUCAAGCUUUGCGCAAGAAUAGCAGCCAAUUGCGGCAAACUAAAUUAAGUGUCUGUCGCAAAAACAAUAAACUAAAGUACGAUGGCUUUGCGGAGGAAGAAGAGCCCAAAAUGCGACCCAAAAAGGAGUUUGUCUACAUUCCAACGCCGAGCAGCCAGGAAAAGUCCCGUUGCGAAGUGUCAGACCAAAAGGAUGACAAAACAGGGUUGCCGAGUUGCCCGAUGUCCAAGCCAGGACGAAAUCUUGUAAGCUUGAUCGGUCGCGUGGAUUUCUGUCUUAAAACCCACAAAAUUAAUCCAGAUAUAAACGCCAUUUGGAAUGUUUACGGUAAAUUGCUGCGCAUUUUUGAGGGAAAACGUGGGGAACACCUUAUAAUCGUGCGUGACGACGGCUCGAAAUCCAUCCUCCAGGGCAUUUAUUACGAUUUCGAAGGUGUUUUGAAAACUUGGAGCACAGGCGGCUUUGUUCAUCUCGUGGGUCAUUUUAUUCGCGAGAAUCGCCUGCAAAUAUUCAGUAUCGCCCAGGUAAGCGAUAUUCUUUCGCAACAACAAUUUAUGCGCAUCGAAAAUGUGACAACGUAUGUUCUGAUGCAAAACAAUGUGCAUAAGUAAUU